GUGAGGGUAAAGGGUGUUCCAGUCUCGUCACAUUGGUUGAAAAAGAGAGAACUAAAGUAGGGAGUGAGUGAGCGAGAAAGAGAGAGAGAAAGAGAGAGAGAGAGAGCGAGAGAGAGAGAGAGAGAGAGAGAGAGAGAGAGAGAGAGACAGGCAGACAGACAGACAGAGACAGAACAAGGCAAUCGAAAACUGAGGCAGUUCAGAGUUACUAGAGACAGUAGUGUCGAACUUGUGUUAUGUUUUUUUUGUUUAUUAUCUAACCUUUCGUGCUAGUAAUAAUUUGUUCCAUUAAUGUUAGUUAAAAACUUGAAAAUUUUCUUAAACUAAUGACAUUGUUAUUGUUAUCGUUAACACCAUUGGCAGCAGAAAAAAUGUGACAUGAAUCGUUGAUAAUGCAACCUAUAUUUCAAUAAUUCCAUCUCUAAUUAAAUUAUUUUGCACAAAAAACUUUCAAUUAUUGGCCGGUUUUCGGAUUAAAACGGACUUUACAAAAUAAAUAAUCAGUCUCACAGUUAAUACGGACGUUAUUGAUGGUUUAUAAUUAUUCAUAUGGUGAAAUCAAGAUUAACUAAAAAGGGAAAAUUCAAGAUAUAAUGUCAGCUUCGUUCCUUAUGCAUUUUGGGCAAGUUUUUGAAUUGGAUUCAAUCGAAAAACAUGAAAUAAUUGUUAAUACAAACCAAAUACAGAACAAUAGGAGAAAAAAGUGUCCCCUGUAAAAAUCAAAAAUGUCAAUCCUUCUUGAAAAUUUUUUUUUGUAUAUAUACACACACUGUGUGUGAGCAAAGACAAGAUUUAAAAUGAUUUAACAAAAACAAAAAAAAAGACUAUAACAAAAAAAAAAAUAAGUAAAAUUGUGAAAAAAUUAUAAAUAUCAAGAAAAUAUAAGUUAUUAGAAGUGUGAUAAAUAAUGUAAGCUCAAUAGUUCAGACGUAAGUCUAAACAUUUUUCUGUUGUUACUGUCAAAUACAUGACUAAUUUUGUGGGUGUUUUAAUUCAGAAACAGAUUACAAGAGCUAAUGGUAACCAGAAAUUAGGAAAAGAAGAAAGACAAUUUAAAAAAAGUGUGUUUAGUUAUUAGAUGAAAAAAUUUUUGCCGUUUAUCAAUGUCUAAUUAAUUGUGCUUUAAAAUAUCGGUAUUUUAUUAUAAUAAUUAUGAAGACAAAUUAUUCGGAUAUUGCGUUUUUUUUUUAUUUUUACAGUCAAGCCCCACCAGUCAGCCUAUAAAAUUGUUUGCUUACGCUGAACUCAUCUGAAAAUUCAAGUAACCAGCAUUAGAUAAUGAAGAUAAAAAAAAAGAACCGUCGAAUGACAGUACCAACUCUGUGAGAAAAGAAAGACAAUGCAAUUUCCCAUUUUACAUGUACUUUAAUCUUGUCAAAUUAGGAUGGCAGAUUCCAAUGAGUGAUAAAAGGAUGCAAAGUCACGCUGAAGUGUUCGCCUUCGAAAAGUAGUAACAGCUGAUGACAGCAUUAUAGCAAGAAAUCAAUUAAGAACCGAAAGGCACAUAACUAAUGACUAUUUGAUCAGCUGAACAUUAAAACGAAAAUUUUGAAAAAUGUAUGCGGCAGCAGGAGGUACUAGUAUUGCAAAUCGAAGAAAGCAAAACCAGCUAAAUAAACAACGACCCUUAUUGGCUACUAAUGGACCAAGAAUUCAACGCCGUAGAAAUGGCUUCGAGAGGGAACAUAAAAUCUCAAAUAGCAUAAGGGGACACAAGCUUUCACGGCAGCAUUUACCAAUAUUACAACCUCCUCACUGUCCUGCACCAUCAUCCACGUGUCAUAAUUCUUCCCAACUUAAGAAUCGAUUUCAGAAUUACAAUCGCCACGCUUUUCAACAUCAACGACCAAUUAGUGAAAUAGUAAUUCCACAUGGUCCUUUAGCACCUCCACUUUCACCGAUUCAAUUAUCUAUAUCACCACCACCGUUAUCACUGGAAUCUGCAAACUCUGCCACGCAUCCAUUAAAAUUCAACAAUUUUCCAUUUCCACCGUCUUCAUUAUUUGAAUUAAGAAUAUUGCCUUCUACGUCUGAAUUAAAGUUUGGAAGCCAGGGACAAGGAAAAGUGGCAUGGCAAAGCUGCAGUCAACCAUCACCACUUUUUUUGCCUUCACCACUAGCUCAUGAUUCAAAAGAAGAAGGCUACAAGACGAAACAGUGUGAAGCUCAUCGAAGGUGGAUGAAAAGAAACAGGAUAAGAGACGCAAGUAAUUGUUAUGGGAGCAGUGGUGAAGAUGAUGAAAAUGACAGUCUGAGUGGGUACGUACAUCCUGAGAUUAAUGCAGCAUUGAAUACUGUGUUGUAUGUUGGACUUGGUACCACAGCACUGGGCCUUGUUAUUUCUUUUAUUGGUACUGGAGAAAAAGGAUUUCUGAGUCCAGAGCUAAGACUUAUUGGUCCAAGCUUAUUGUGUGCUGGACUUCUUUGCUGUCUCUUGCGAGUUCUCCUAUGCAUAUGUUUAUGUCAUUGUUGCAAAAAUUGUCAAUGGAAAGCUUGCCCAGUUGUUAUUGUUGGCAAAGACACAUUAAAAAAAGAAACUACUGGUUCACCAUCCAGACGAGAACAGCCUACAACAUCGCUUUUACCUCAAUGCUCUAAUCAAAUAAUCAAAACAUCAUCGAUGGCAGUGAAAAUAGCUCAUCCAUCAUCAUAUUCUAUGUGUUCGGAAGCUGGAAAAGGACACGAGCUUCUACUUUUACCGUCUCAAUUACUAGAGUAAUGAAACUUUUUCAUGACAAAACGUUCGACGAGAAAAGUUUAUCAACUGUAACUUGAGUAGUCAUUAUGUAAAACUAGAAUUAAUUUGAUCAUUUAGUAAAUAUAGAUUAAUGUUAAAUUAAUAAUUAAAAAACAAUCGAUGUUUGUAUAUUGUGUAAUAAAUUAUUACGGCAAAAAUAUUUUAUAUAGCUUUACAUUAUGGUAAAGAAUAAUUCCAAAUAUAAAUUACUGCCGGUCUAUACGGAACAAAAAAAAUAACGUUUCAUCCUUCGUUUUUAGUUUAAUCUCAUUAAAUAAACAAGAAAAUGAAGUAAUGUGAUUUAGACAGCCUACUUUAUUUUUAGCAAAAGUAGCUUCGAACCCUUUAUAUUUGCAGAUACUGACUUUUGCGCUGGGCCACAAAGUCUACUGACAUUUAAACUCUUAGUAGUGUUGUCAAGCACAUUAAAUUUCACGAUAGUAUAUUUAUGUAUACAAUCUAGGGUAAAUUUGAGAAUAGAGUUUAAAUUUUGAAUUGUGAAGAGAGAUGUAUUUUUUUCUAAGAUAUGAAUUUUUAAAAUAAGGAAUUUUUUUUUUUUUUCGCAACCGCUUGAUAAUAUAAUUACUCUAACAUUAAUUUGUAGAGUAGUUCGAAAUAAUGUAAAUAACGAGAAAAUCUAAAGUUACCAGAAAAAAACCCUGUACGACGAUUUUUUAUAAGCAAAAAAUCAUUUUUAUACCAAGUCACUUUAACAAACUGCUCUAAAAUAAAAACUGUUCACCAGAUCAGAUUGUCAAAACUUUCAUUUUGAAGGGAAAGAAACAUGGAAACUGCGUACUAAAUUUCAUUCAAAAUAUUAAAAACUUUUCAAGUAAUAAAUUUUCAAAGUCAAAAUGGCAAAUUUCUAAACCAUUGAUUAUAUCUAAUACAAAUAUUAAUAUUUUUAUAUAGUCAUGCAUAUAUGGAUGGAAUUAAGCAAUAACGUCUUCACCAACAUUUUUAAAAAAAUCGAGUUAUUAUGAUGAACGUACUUAGUAUUUAAUACUAAGUACGUUCACCAUAACAACCCGAUUAUUUAAAAAAUGUUGGUUAAGACAUUAUUGCUUGAUUCCAUCCAUAUAUUUGUUGGGGAUAAAAAAAAAGAAAAUAGUUUUCAUUUGAGAGCAGUUUAUUUACGCGGUUGUAGUGUAAAAAUCAUUCUUUGUUUAUAAAAAAUUGCCGCACAGGAUUUUUUCUGAUAACCUUGGAUUUUCUCGUUAUCUCGAAACAACUUUACAAAUUAAUCUUGGACUUAUUAUUUCAUUAAAAUGUUGCGAAAAAUAAAAAAUUUUCUCAUUCCAAAAAUUUAUAUCUUCAAAAAAAAAACACUUCUCUGAAAAUUUCAGGGCCUUUUAAGAACAGAUGAAGGUAGUCUACGACAAAAUUUGAUCUAAAAAAAGUAAGAUUUUGAAUUAUUCAAUUUUGACCGUAUCGAAAUUUUGCAAUUUCAAACAUUUCAAAGCUUUUUUUUCAAAUAUUUUUUUUUUUGAAGCUUUAAGUAUCUUCUUAGAAAUGAACCAAGACCGAUUCUUGUAAUUAUAAUAGUUUUCGAGAUAUUAAAUAAAAAAAAAACUUGAAAAAUGAUAAGAUUUUGAAUUUCGCACAACUUUUGAUAAAAAAAUUUUCAUUCUUUUCUGUUGGUAAAACUUCCUUACAGGAUGAAAGAAAACUUCUGACCAAAUUACAUCCAAAUCGAAAGGGGUCGAUUCCAACUAUCGGUCGAUUUAACAUGGAAUGACCCAACUGGAUGUUUGAGUAACUUAGCAACUGGCGUCCAAAUAGAAAUAUCCAAAAAGUAGGAAAACUAACUAUAUCCAAUACUCCUACUCUAGUUUCUAGCCUUUUACAAAAAUAAUAAAAACAUAAUUUGAAACAACCAAAGUGGGUUGUUAUCGCUUUCUUCUUCCUCUCAAUGUCAUUGACUACUCUAGUUACUUUCUUCG